AUGACCGAGAAUGCCACACGCCCAUUGAAUGGCGAUAUGGGAGCGAUUCCCCUUUCACGUCGUACAGUCGACUUCGUUCCUGAAAAUACGGUGAAAAUCUUCCCGAUGCAUCCCCAGGGCGUGAAUGGAAACGGUGUCCUCGACGAUAGCUCCGACAGCGCCUCCGUCUCCUCAGAAUCACACGAGGCGAACGGUACCAGAGAACGCAAGCGGCCGAUAAUGGCUCGCAAGGCUUCGUCACCCAUGGCGCCCACCUUCAUGGUGUCUGCGCCGGGUAAGGUCAUUGUAUUUGGAGAGCAUGCUGUGGUCCACGGUAAGGCUGCCAUGGCCGCAGCCAUCUCUCUUCGCUCUUACCUCCUUGUCACCACCCUCUCGAAAUCACAGCGCUCGAUCACCUUGAACUUCCGCGACUUGGGCCUCAGUCACACUUGGGACAUUGAUGCCCUACCUUGGAACAACCUAGUCACCGAGCUCGACCCCGAACUCGUCGAAGCAAUCGAACCGCACCUCCAGGGCGUCUCCACGGGCCUUCCGGAGGAGCAGCGCAACAUCCAUAUUCGUUCCGCCUCCUCAUUCCUCUACCUCUUCCUCUCCCUGGGUUCGCCGCAAAGUGCAGGUGCCAUUUACACACUCCGUUCUACCAUCCCCACUGGAGCCGGCCUGGGCAGCAGUGCUAGUGUCUGCGUCUGUCUCAGUGCUGCACUCCUUCUUCAAAUUCGAACACUCGCCGGACCCCACCCAGACCAGCCGCCAGAGGAGGCAGAGACACAGAUUGAGCGCAUCAACCGCUGGGCGUUCGUUGGAGAGCUCUGUAUCCAUGGCAAUCCCAGCGGGGUGGACAACACGGUGGCCGCGGGCGGCAAGGCUGUGAUUUUCCGGCGCGACGAUUAUUCCAAACCUCCAACCGUCGUGUCACUGCCUACUUUCCCCGAACUACCCCUCCUCCUUGUCAACACCCAACAAGCGCGUUCCACAAAGACGGAAGUCGACAAAGUGGGAGCCUUGCGAGAGGCCCAUUCUAUUGUGACGGAGUCCAUUCUCAAUGGCAUCGAUCAAGUGACCUGCUCCGCACGACGCUUGAUCGAGGACCCCGACUUCGAUGGAAUGUCCGAAAGCACACUUGCUCACUUCGGCACCCUGAUUCGCAUCAACCACGGCUUCCUCGUCUCUUUGGGCGUCUCCCACCCCCGUCUCGAGCGUAUCCGCGAACUUGUUGAUUACGCCGACAUUGGUUGGACAAAGCUGACCGGCGCAGGUGGCGGUGGAUGCGCCAUCACGCUCCUCCGGCCCAAUGCGAACCCGAAAGUCAAGCAGGAGCUCGAAAAGAAGUUCGACGAAGAAGGUUUCACCAGAUACGAGGUCACACUCGGCGGUGACGGUAUUGGUGUCCUCUACCCAGCUGUCCUCCGUAACGGCUCAGAUGAAGAGGGUGGCGAGGAAAUCGAUCAACAGAAGUUCGAGAACGCUGAGGGUCCCGAAGGCAUCGAGCGCCUUGUUGGUGUCGGAGUGGAAGAAAAGAGAGAAGGCUGGAAGUUCUGGAAGCGUGCUACGCAUUCAGAUUAA